UCUAUGAAAGAAAAUGAAUCGCUACACAACUCUUAAACAACUGGGGGACGGCACCUACGGCAGCGUGCUGAUGGGCAAGAGCAACGAGUCUGGCGAACUGGUUGCUAUCAAAAGGAUGAAAAGGAAAUUUUAUUCAUGGGAAGAAUGCAUGAACUUGAGGGAAGUAAAGUCUCUGAAGAAGCUGAAUCACGCCAACGUCAUCAAGCUGAAGGAGGUCAUCCGAGAGAACGACCAUCUUUACUUUGUGUUUGAGUACAUGAAGGAGAACUUGUACCAGUUAAUGAAGGACAGAAACAAGUUGUUCCCCGAGUCAGUCAUCAGAAACAUGAUGUAUCAGAUCUUACAGGGUCUCGCUUUUAUCCAUAAACACGGGUUUUUUCAUCGUGACAUGAAACCGGAGAACUUGCUGUGCAUGGGCCCCGAACUUGUGAAAAUAGGUGACUUUGGCUUGGCCCGGGAGAUCCGGUCGCGCCCUCCAUACACGGACUACGUGUCUACCAGGUGGUACCGCGCCCCCGAGGUGCUCCUGAGGUCCUCCACCUACAGCUCUCCCAUUGACAUUUGGGCCGUAGGCUGCAUAAUGGCAGAGCUCUACACGCUACGGCCUCUUUUUCCUGGAAACAGUGAAGUGGAUGAGAUCUUUAAGAUCUGCCAAGUUUUGGGAACAGUAAAGAAGGUGGAUUGGCCCGAAGGGUACCAGCUGGCGUCUGCAAUGAACUUCCGGUUCCCUCAGUGCGUUCCCACGAACCUGAAAACCCUCAUUCCGAAUGCCAGCAAUGAAGCUAUUAGCGUGAUGAAAGAAACGCUGCAGUGGGAUCCGAAGAAGAGGCCCACGGCCAUCCAGGCUCUUCGCCAUCCUUAUUUUCAAGUGGGACAAGUGGCUGGAACAUCUCUGCCCUACGCCGAGCAGCAGAAGCCCAUUAGCCGACCGCUUCAGCCAGCAGAACCAAAGCCAGUAUCUCUAAAGCGGUCAGAGCCCCUUUCACCUUUGGAGCCGGAAGCCAAAGCAGAGCCAGAGACCCCGACCGCGGUCACUCACCUACCCCUGCAGCAAAUACAGCUGCCACAGCCACAGGCCUCGAGCCAGCCGAGCUUUUUAAAGGAGAGCAAAAAAUCUGAACAGCCAAACCUGCCAGCCAUCAGUAACGGCGGUUCGCCAAAGCCAGCAGCCAUCACAAACGAAAAUACCGUGGUGGGGGUAAAGAGUGGCCGCCGACGGUGGGGCCAGUCGAUGCUGAAGACGUCGGACAGCUGGGACGACUUUGACGAGUUUGAUCUCGGGGUGUCCUUCUCUAAAAAGCCCAGCAUUGGAUUUUUAAAAGAAAAGGGGACCAAGGAGCCCUUAUUCCGGCCUGUCGAACAAGCUGCAGUCGUUGCUCCUAUCAAUGGAAAUGUAAUUCCAUCGAGUACGACGAUCAACAGAAUUGAGUCGGGACUUUCAAAUUCCUCUUCGGCUAAGCAGCACUAUUUACGACAGUCCCGGUACCUUCCUGGUGUUAAUCCGAAAAUCUCUUCAUUAGUGGCAGCAAAUCGGGACGCAUCCCAGGACCUGUGGGGCAAUUCGUCGGCUUUAGUGCCCAAGCCGCUCGGCCCGAUUGGAGGACUUGGGGUGAGCAGAACUCAUGCAGAAAAUAUAAACAGACUUCUGGAAAUGCCGCCUGUAAAAGAAAAGCCGGUCAAAAAAGUAGAGGAGCUCAAAGGAUAUUUUGGUGGCAGCAACUACAACCCACCUGGUGUGUACUUUCCAUCAUUUCAGAAAAAAGAAGUCGGGUCAGCAGGGCAGCGGAUUCAGUUGGCGCCUCUAGGAGGAGGAGCAACAAAUUACGACGGGUGGAAGUCUAAACCCGCCCGAUCGAAUCUGACAACCACCACCUUCAAUCCUGCUGGGAAAGCAUCGGCUGCACUUCUGAGUCGCGCUCCGCCGGUCCAGCCUGUGCACGGUAGAAUCGACUGGACGGCCAAGUACAACAGUCACCGAUAGCGAGCGCUUGGCCAUGCCACUCUGUGAGAUACUCCCACAUUCUGGGACAGCACCCAGUGUUUUAACACCAGGAAUCCGUUACUUUAGUGAAAUACGUGAAGGAUACACAAAGCAGUCUGUGACUUUGGGACUGGAAUCCGCCAGGCAUCUUGGGAAGAAACCCAAAAGAUCCAUCCAUCCAUUUUCUUUUCUUAUAAAAGCCAAGAACACGCAUUGAUGCUGUGAUAUUUCAGUCAGAUCAUUUUAUGGAGUGGCUUCACAGCAUACCUCAACAAAGAUGAAUUCUGAUUUGUCACAACUCGGAGUUCACGUUAUUAGAGUGGGACUGGUAUUCUGGCCUCCUUUACUGAGGAUGUCACCUUAGCAGGUUUGAAUUGGUCCACACACCAGUGGCGCGUCCCCCCCUCUAGUGGAUGGUUGUUUUCAUCGCUCCUGGACUUGAAGCCCAUGUUUCACCCUGUCGCUGCGAGCAUCUGUGCUCUUUCAUGCACUCAGAACGUAUUUUGUGUUUCUAAUCAAUUUAGUGCAUUCUACUCAAAGGAGUGGGCCAACGUUUUAAAAAAGAGACAUCUGGAGAAGUGCUCCUACCUCCUCCCCGUUGUACUGGAGCACAUUGUGUGCAUUAUUUUAAAGGAAUGCCUGCAAAUAAUACAGAAAUGAAAAUAGCCACAAAUGGAGAGAGGAGGCCGCCUCACAAGACCCCAGGUGGCCAUCGGAGAUGGGAGGGUCCUCCUUUGGCCCCACAAGCUAAUGGCUGUUGUGCGAUCCAAAGGCCCUGAGCUCAAGAGCUACAGCAGCAGACGGCAGAUUCCUCCCAAGACCCUAAUUGUGAUGUUUCUUGUCCCGAGUGUCACGGCGCGGUUCACUUUCCAUGUGAGGUACUCCCACCCCAAACACCUAAUUUGGAAGUGAAUACAUGGAUGGAAGAAUUUCCUGGAAUUUUUUAAAACAUGCCAGAGAUAAACCUGACAACCCCCAUUUUUAUCCCAAAUGUAAAGGGGUCGUUCUUGUUUAGCUGGCAGUGUUGGAGUGUCAAAGUCAGCGUUAACUUGUGUUCAUUAUUAAAAGAUAGCUGUAAAUAGUGUUUUAAAGAUGUAAACUGUAAUUAAAUGGAAAGAGACAUUUUUUAGCAACUAAUGCCAUAAUAUUUAAUUUUUUUUGCACUAGAAAAUGUUUUGUUAACGUUAAAUCAUGUGCAUUUUUGAUAUUUACUUACAGCAGAGUUUCUCGUUUUAAUUUUUUUUUCACUUUAUAAAUGUUAUUUUUUCCUUUCUCCUUUCUAUUUAAUGUGUCUGACUGUUAUUAAAAUCUAAUAAAGUAUCACCUUGA